AUGAAAAAAUAUAUAUUUGGAUUGUCGAAGAUACCCCGAAAUACGCUAAAAAGGCUGAGGGUCAUUUUUGCCGGUUUAACGUCGACGGAAUUCGCCGAUUGCUGGAACCAUUACGACGUGGACAGAAAUGGAUUCAUCGAGGGUGUCGAAUUGAGAAAUUUGCUAAACGACCUCGUAAACCGCGCUCUGAUCCGCCGGAAUCUGACCGAACGGGAAAAGAGGAAAUUACUGCAAGAAUUUCUCAAAGAAUUCGACAUCAAUAAAGACGGAAAGUUGGAAAUCGGAGAAUUGGCUCAAAUAUUGGAACCGGAAGAAGGUUUUUUGGCGUUAGUCAGGUACGAUAUGCCUUUAAUGAACGGGUACGAUUUUAUAAAGGCGUGGUCAGCAUUUACAGGCGGUAAUAAAGAUUUUAUUCCCGUGAACGAUGUAAAAAAUUUCAUAAACUACCUCUACCAGACGACGCAGGACAAAACUUUGAGUGACGAUAAGCUGGAAGAAUACGCGAAAUCGUUAGUCACGUUGUACGAUAAAAAUGGAGACGGGAUAUUGAGUUUCAAGGAAGUGUCGAGGAUCAUUUCGCCGGAGGAGAAUUUCAUGCUGAAAUUCAAGGAGGAUUACCAUUUAAGUUACCGCGACUUUUGCGCGAUAUUUCAUCAUUACGAUAAAAAUGGCGACGGCGUCCUGGCGGGAAACGAAGUUGUGGCGUUUAUUCGAGACGUAUUACAAACCAUAAAUAUUGAUUCCACGGAAAAGGCUAAGGAGCUAGAAAAAUUUAGAAAAAUCAUGCUAAAAGCUUGCGACAAAAAUAGGGACGGUAAAUUUCAACGCGAAGAACUCGCUUUGUGGCUAGGGGUUCAUAUAAAUUUCUAG